AUGAUUCCUUUUUUUAAAAUAGGAAUUGUUUUAAUCAGACAAGUAAGUAAACCUAUAUCUGGUUAUAUAAAAAAAAAAGCAAUAGAAAAUAAAAAAUUUAAAAGUAUAUGUAUAUAUUGCGGAAAGAAAUAUUAUUUUUUUGAACAAUAUAUACAGAAAAAAUUUUAUAAUUCAAAUACAACGAAUGUUAAUUAUAGUUCUUUUAUCAGUGAAAAUAAAUCAGUUAAUGUAGGAAGUGAAAUUCUAGGUGAGACUAUUAUUUUUCUGAUUGCAGCAUUAAUCAUUGUUGCAGAGUAUAAGAGAAAUAGCUUGAAAGAAGCAAAAAAGGAAUUAAUAUUAAAUCAUAAAUUAGAUACAUUAAGAUUGCAAGUAAAAGAAUUACAAAGAGAAAAUGACGAAAUUAUGAAAAUUGUUUUUCCAAAUAAAAAAAAUGUUCGAGAUAAGAGAAACUUUGAGAUAGUACAUACAAAUCUUUUUAAAGAUAUUUAUAAUAAAGUUAUGGGUAAAUCAAAAGAAAUAACAAAUAAUGAAGAAAAUAGAAAUAAAGAUGAAAUUAAAAAAAUAAAGGACUCAUAA